CGCUCAUUACCAUUCACAAGCUCGAGUGGGCAGCGCGAGUCCACGCCACGGUUCACUGAGCUCUUUUUCCCUCACAGACUCUGUGUUAUUGACGAGAAGCGCAGGCUCAUAUAAUGUCCUGCAUUCUACCGGAGGAACUAUCGCGGAGAUUUGAGCAAGAUCUGCGGGGGCGUUUCGUGUGUUCGCAAUAUUAAAGACGUAUUAUUAAAAACACCAGAACCCGAGGCAUGCCUUUCAUGGACGAUACCUGUGUACGGACUCGGACUGAUGAUUUGUUUGCGGUACUUGCUUGACAAAGACGUGCGGAUUGAAUCGCGCUUGUUUGCGCAGAAGUGAAAGUGCGCUCUUCGCCUUUUUCCACGGAGGAGCUGGAGAUGAGUGACGCGUGCUUAGAUCCUUUCACAUCAGGCAACAUCAAGCGAUCUCAUCGUUCAUGUUAGAAGGAAGAUCUGUCUCCAUUGUAAGUGCUCUCGUGAGGACCAUGUUGUGACAGUCAUGCCCCUGGAGAUGGAAAAGACGGUGACCAAGCUGAUGUACGACUUCCAGAGGAACUCUACAUCUGACGAUGACUCUGGCUGCGCGCUGGAGGAAUAUGCCUGGGUCCCGCCCGGACUAAAACCUGAACAGGUGCAUCAGUAUUACAGCUCUUUACCGGAGGAGAAGGUGCCGUACGUCAACAGUCCAGGAGAGAAACAUCGUAUCAAACAGCUUCUGCACCAGCUGCCCCCACACGACAACGAGGUGCGGUACUGUAAUGGUUUGGAUGAAGAGGAAAAGAGAGAGCUGAAGCUCUUCAGUAACCAGAGGAAGAGAGAAAACCUGGGCCGCGGGAACGUCAGGCCUUUUCCUGUCACCAUGACUGGAGCCAUCUGUGAACAGUGUGGGGGACAGAUAAACGGAGGCGACAUCGCCGUCUUUGCGUCACGGGCGGGACACGGGGUGUGCUGGCACCCACAAUGCUUUGUGUGCAGCAUGUGCGACGAGCUCCUGGUGGAUCUUAUCUACUUCUACCAGGACGGGAAGAUCUUCUGUGGCCGCCACCAUGCUGAGAGACUCAAACCCCGCUGUUCAGCAUGUGAUGAGAUCAUUUUUUCAGAUGAGUGCACAGAGGCCGAGGGCAGACACUGGCACAUGAAGCAUUUCUGCUGUUUCGAGUGUGAGACGGUUCUGGGCGGCCAGCGUUACAUUAUGAAGGAGGGUCGACCGUACUGCUGCACCUGCUUUGAGUCGCUGUAUGCAGAGUACUGCGACUCCUGUGGGGAACACAUCGGUAUCGACCAAGGCCAAAUGACAUAUGAUGGCCAACACUGGCAUGCCACCGAAACCUGUUUCAGCUGUGCCCGCUGUAAGAAAUCCCUGCUCGGCCGACCCUUUCUACCCAAGCAGGGUCAGAUCUUCUGCUCUCGGGCGUGCAGUCUUGGCGAAGACCAGAACGGCUCGGAUUCUGCCGAUUCUGCAUUUCAGAGCGCCCGCUCGCGCGAGGCCCGACGCAGCAGCUCCAAAUCCAACAAGAGCAAUGGGACUGGCAGCGGAGGAGACAGGACCCAUGGGGGAAAUUCUCCUGCGGCCCGUUACUCUGCUGAAGUUGACCCGCUGUCCAUGCAAAUGGAUCUGCUCAGUCUGUCCAGUCAAUCCCCCAGCCUGAACAGAGACCCUCCGCCAUGGAACAUGCAGGCAGAGAUGUACGGUCACGAGAGCCACGAUGAACUUUCAUCGAACCCUCUUCAUCUGCUCAGUCAGUGCAACAUCCGGACUUGUUAUUCCUCAAAUCCGUCUCCCGGUCACCCGGCGGAUCCAAAGCCUGUGGGAUCCAGGAGACCCCCCAUAUCUGCUCUGAAAGGAAAGUCUUUGAAUGAGAACUGGUUCCAGCCAGGACAGCCAGAGGACUAUUACCAGCCCAAUCUGAGGACACAGAUGAGCUUUCAAGAGGUUCCACAGAAUAGCUUCAUUGAUAAGCGAUCCGUAAGCUUGCAUAUGUUCCAGAAGGAGAAGGCGGAGGUCGGCCUACAGAUGGGUCGUAGUAGGAACCCCAUCAGCGCACUUAGCUUUAGUGAACAGCUCGUACCACAGGAGCAAACCCCACAUGGCUCGAUUGAGUCGCUGGCUCUGUCUAAUGCUACAGGCACCUCUGCAGAUGGCGGCAGUAAACGUCACGAGCACUUGUCUCGCUUCUCAAUGCCAGACUUGAGUAAAGACUCCGGCAUGAACGUCUCUGAAAAGAGCAACAUGGGCACCCUCAACUCAUCCGUGCAGUUUCAUAGCUCUGAAUCUCUGCGCAGCCUGAACACCGCGCAGCCCUACCUUGAGCUCGAAACCCCGGUCCAAGUGAAAUUCCCAAGGCAAUACUCCCGUGAAUCUCUUCGAGUUAACGCUUUGCCCCCUGGAUUCGCUUAUCAGGAGGAGGACCGCAUAAGCUUGGUGAGCAAUGCCAACAACGCCCGUCUGGCGCCAAUGAGCGACCGAACUCGCCGUCGAACCAUCAACCAAGAACAGCCACGCCGACGCCACCACCACCAUCGAUCUCGCCGUUCCCGCCGCUCACGUUCGGAUAACGCACUUAACCUUGCUGCCGAGCGUCACCAGCCCCCCAGGCGAUCUCAGCUUCACCUACAUGAAGAUUACAACCAGUUUCCUCCUUGCGGGCCCAGGGGCCUUCACGGCAGCGGAAGCGCAGGCAGAUUGAGGCAGCAGCCGUUUAGACCCUGUCCUCGGACGACCUCUGACCUCACGCUUCAAAACCCCGGCCCUUACCGGCACCAGGGCCCUUAUUCGUGGGACCAGUACGAUUACGACGAUGAUUGGUGCUCCACCUGUUCCUCGUCUUCAGAGUCAGAAGAUGAAGGGUAUUUUCUGGGCGAGCCCAUUCCUAGACCCGUCCAGCUGAGGUACAUGACCAGCGAAGAGCUGCUGCGCAAAUACAACUCCUCUGGACUGGGAGCGUCCGGUCACUUUGAGAGCCGCGGACAGUUGCACACUCGCAAACGUAGGAAAAGCAAGAACUGCAUUAUCUCCUGAAAGGCACGCUGCUGCGUCCCGCACAAUGUUGCACAACAAGAUUUUAUCCGUCCUUUAUAGCAAAUGUUUGAGAGGCUUUUCAGUGUCGUGAGGCCAUCGGUGAAUAAUGCGCAGUAAUAUAAUUUGUUCGCACCUCGAAUUGCAUAUGCAUGUUUUCCCAUGUGAUAUUUCCAAAUGAUUCUGGAUGUUACAUUUUUUCACUUUGCAGGAUUUGUUACAGCUGAUGUGCAAUUGUUCAUUAUUUAAUCCAUUCAGGCACAGUGACUUUAAUUUGUAUGGUUCUGGUUACUCAUUCUUUUCGCUCUGGGCUGAAAAUGCCGUUUUAGUCAGUAAUAAGAUGUAUAUACGCAAUUGUAUGAAGAAAUUCACUAAGUUAAGGAUGUAUUGUAAAUGAUCUGUAAAUGAUGUACUACAUAUUUUUAUAUUUUGUAUGGAUAGAAUCAUUUAUGUACUAAGCAUUAUGUAGAGGAAAUAGUAAAGGCAUGCACGUUCAUUUGCUGAUUUUUGUCCUGUAUUGAAAAUUAAAGAGUAUUUCUG